AUGGCGUCACUCAAUCUGUCCUCCAACGGGCAGUCGAUCAAGAGCAGCUACCAGGGCGUCAUCAACGGCCCUGCGCCAAGCUCGAGCUCUCCGACAUAUGCUCAAUGGGCGUUGUUCUCCGUUCAGGCCCCUCUUGCCAACGCCUUCCAAGAUUCUGGCUCGAAGGAGAGUAUCCUCAAGGUCCAGAGCACUGGAGACGGCGAGCUUGCCGAGCUUAUUGAGGACUUCAGCGAGGGUCGUAUCCAAUUCGCAUUCGUCAAGGUCAAGGAUCCCAACAGCGGCCUUCCCAAGUAUGCCCUCAUCGCCUGGUGCGGUGGUGGUGUGCCCGAGAGGACAAAGGGCUACUUCACCACCCACACUGCUGCCGUGUCCAAGAUCCUCCACGGCUACCACGUCCAGAUAACCGCCCGCUCAGACAGCGACCUCGAGCCUGAGUCGAUUGUCAAGAAGAUUGCUGAUGCCUCCGGUGCCAAGUACUCGGCAGGCGCCUCGUCUACUGCUUCCCCCGCACCUCCACCUGUCGCAUCCAAGCCCGUCUUCAACCCCACAGCCUCUUCCGCUUCCAACCCCCUAGUCGCAGCCCGGAACAGACGAGGCGGCAAUGUCGACGAGGAUGGCUGGGGCGAGGACGCCCCCCAGGUGUCCCGCUCUCAGCUCGAGAAGGUCGACUCGGCUUACAAGCCUACCAAGGUGAACAUGGCCGAGCUCACCAACCAGCGCCAGGAACCCUCACGUUUCAAGGCCUCCUCCAAGCAAGAAGACGAUGGGGACGUCGUCAGGGGCGGAUACCAACCCAUCGGCAAGGUCGAUAUUGCUGCCAUUCGCGCCGCAGCCAAAAAUAAAGUUGACGACCGGCCCACGACUGUCAAGGGCGCAUAUGAGCCCAUCGGCAAGGUCGACAUUGCAGCCAUCCGCGCCAAGGCUCAGCAGAAGCCUUCCGAGGCCGAGCCCGCCGCACGACCUGCCGCCGCCGAUGACGAGCAAGACAACCAGCCCAAGUCGCUGGCUGAGCGCAGCGCCGCCUUCAGUCAAUCUUCUCAGCCUGAAAGGCUGACGUCGCUACCCAAGCCCAAGGUUGCCAACAAGUUCGGCGGCGCGGCUUCAUUUGGUGGCACCAAGGCCCCGACACCCGGCGGUCUGGGUUUGCUUGGUCCCACGGCUGCGACUCCCACGGCAGCCCCUGUUGGUGCUGCGAGCCGUACCUUUGCGGACCAGGGCGGCAAGACACCGGCCCAGCUGUGGGCUGAGAAGAAGGCUAGGGAAGGAGGAGGUGCUCCUGCUGCGGCCCCCAUUGCGGCCCAGAACAACGGCGCAGCCGCAGCCCCUCUCGGUGUUCAAAAGAGCGGAGAGUGGAAGAGCGGAUAUUCCGGCAAGAGCUGGGGUGCCGUCCAGACUGGCGAGUACGGCAGGGGUAUCGCUGGCAAGAUUAGCCAAGAGAACACGGGCGAGCCAGAGCAGUCAAAGGAUCGCAGCGUCGAGCAGCCCGAGUCCCCUGCUGGUGGCGUCGGUGCGUUGAAGGACCGUUUCAAGGACACGGCUCCUAUCGGCUUCGGUGCGCCGCCUCCUCCAGUCCCCUCCUUCUCUCGCGAUGAGCCUGAGGAAGAGGAGCCUCGCGAAGCAUCGCCGCCUCCCCCUCCCCCCAGCGACUCACGGCCGACGGGCGGGUUCGCCCUGCCUGGUCUGCCUUCUCGCCCACCCCCUCCUACCGACGAAGAGGAGGAUGACGAGCCCCCCGCGCCACCUCGUCCAGCUGAGCGCCCAGCCGAACCCCAGCAGUCGUAUGAUGAGCCCGAGCACUCGCCUGUCCGCGUCGCAGUUCCUGUCGCCCGUGGCCCAGAGCCCGAGAUCGAGCCUGCGGAAGCCCAUGCGCCCCGACCCAUCCCGACGCAGGAGAUCGAGAGGGAACUCCCCAGGGAACAGGACCUGCCCGAGGAGGCGCCCGACGUCGGCCGCGGCGCCGCUGCCGCUGUAGCGCAGCAGGAGCUCAGAGAGGCCAACAUUCCGGCCGCACAGCCCCCUGCCGGAGCGCAAGCCGGAGGUCAGCGUGCUCUGAUUCACUCCGCGAGGGCCAAUACGUCACCAACAUUGAAAUGGUCGACGAGGACUGGUGGAUGGGCACCAACUCGAAGGGCGAGAGCGGCCUCUUCCCUAGCAACUACGUCGAGCUCGUCGAGGACGAGCCCGAACAGGCGUCGGCUGCGGCUCCCGCUCCUGCCGCGCGCUCACUCCCGCCCCCCGCGCCCGCCCAAGCCGAGCCGGAGCCGCAGCCGCAGGCAGCAGGCCGCACAAGACACGGCACUGUUCGACUACGAGGCCGCCGAGGACAACGAACUCGGCUUCCGCGAGAACGACAAGAUCACCGAUAUCGAAUUCCCCGAUGAAGAUUGGUGGUUCGGCCACCUUCGCGGAAAGCAGGGCCUGUUCCCUGCUAACUACGUUGAGCUCGACCAGUAA